AUUACGCGGCACUAACUGUGCAGCAGUAGUUCUGUGGUGUGGUGUUCAUGGAAGUGGCCGGUUUUCCGUAGCCAUGUUUCGAUUUUGUUUCUUAGUGCUUUUCCCUUUGCUUUUUGAAUCGGUGUUUCCAAUUUCUUUCUUCUUACCCGUAAAUUUUCGGAAAUGUUUGCGGGAAGAGAUCCAUAAAGACGUGCUGGUCACUGGUGAAUACGAAGUUUCUGAGCAACCUAACACCAAAACCAAUCUUAAGAUUACAGAUUCCUCUGGGCACAUUCUAUAUUCAAAAGAAGAUGCUUCAAAAGGAAAGUUUGCCUUCACAACUGAGGAUUAUGAUAUGUUUGAAGUUUGCUUUGAAAGCAAAUUCCCUAUGGGAACUGGGCGAGUCCCUGACCAGCUGGUUAAUUUGGACAUGAAGCAUGGGGUGGAGGCAAAGAAUUAUGAAGAGAUCGCCAAGGUGGAGAAGCUAAAGCCUCUGGAGGUGGAGCUGCGGCGGCUGGAGGACCUCUCAGAGUCCAUUGUGAAUGAUUUUGCCUACAUGAAGAAGCGUGAGGAAGAGAUGAGGGACACGAAUGAAUCGACAAAUGCACGAGUCUUGUACUUCAGCAUCUUUUCCAUGUGCUGCUUGAUUGGCCUGGCCACCUGGCAGGUGUUUUACCUGCGUCGCUUCUUCAAGGCAAAGAAGCUCAUCGAGUGAAGCUGUGUGCCAGCUGCAGAACAGUCCACUUAGUGGCCUCAUCCAGCCACCAUCCAGAGGAGAAGCGGGGAAUACUUGUUGCGGAAUAAAUUGAAUGGAUUGAUGAAGAACACGUGUGAUAUGGCCACUUUCAUGAGGACUCAAAUUUACCACUGAAAUGCUACCAAUUUAUUGCACUGUUUUGCUCAUUUCUAAGUAUUUUCUAGUAUUCCCAACACUUUAUUAUUUUAUAAAUGCCAUUUCAGAGGAUUUUAGCCUUUUUCAAAUGUUGGCAAAGGAAGUGCCCUUUUGUGGCAUUCUAUGUGCACAGAUUGUUUUAGAGCCCGACUACAUUUCUUAACGUCUUCUGUGUUUUAUUCACAAACAUGAAAAGAUGUCCAGAAUCUACCUAUGAAUAAAUACACUGUUAGCCAAUACCCCCAAAUCUGUACUUCAACUGAAGACUUGUGAUAGCAUGUCAAUACCAUGUCUUUUGUUUUGUUGGGCAUAUGUAACACAGUGGUUUGAAAAUGUGUACCAUGCCAUAAGCUAUUUUAACUUAUUGAGAUCCAAAGCUAAAGGAAAUAAAGCACUACAGUUUUAGAUGUCAACUUUAAAAAGUGGGAAUGGUAAACAAUAAACUUUAAAUCAGCUCUCUCACACUCUUAGGAAAUGAUUUGCCUUUUCCCCCUAAUAACUACAAGGUUUGCUAUUCGUGGAUGUAAAUUAAAACCAUGCUGAAAUUAAACACUGCAGAACAAAUUGCCAAUUAAAAUGACGGUAUUAACCAUCA